AUGGCAAUUACAGCUACUAGUAGAAAAAGAAGUAAAAAUCCUGAGGAUGAUGAUCCUCCACAGCCAAAGAGGAACAGAAGAACACUUAAAAUCAAAGAGCCAGAAGCUGAACCUAGUAAACCUUCUCAGCCGAAAACCGUUAAAGGUAAAGGGGAAAUGGUAGUUGUUGACUUACCAGAUAAGAAAAAGAAAUCAACAAGAAAAACUGCUGUUAGUAAAUCAACGAAGGGAAUAGAUGGUCCAUUAAAGAGUUUGAUAAGAAAAGGUAAAAAGAAGGUUGGUGUAGAAGAAGAUGAUGAUGAAGAUAAAGUCUCAGAUCUUGAUAUUCCAGACGCUGAGAAUGCAGUAGACGAGGAAGAAGAAAUUGAAGAUGACCCUGUGGAGAAAAUGGAGCGGAAGAUUACAAAGUCUAAGAAACAGAACCAGAAUUCUGAUUGCAGAUUGACCGGUGAACCUGUCCCGAUACAAGAAGCGAGGAUACGGUGGCCUCACCGUUAUGAUCCUGUCAAGGCAAGAAAAGGUGGUAAAGGUUACCUGCACGCUAGACAGCACUUCACUAGUGCUGUUGUAGAUGGAGAGACUUUCCAUUUGAAUGAUUGUUGCCACAUCCAGGCCGAAGAAGGAGAAAAAUAUUAUAUUGGGAGGAUCGUAGAGUUCUUCGAAACCACCAAGAAAGAACCAUACAUAGCUGUGGAAUGGUUCUUCAGAGCUGAGGACACUGUGAUAAAAUUCCACUCUGAUAAAGUCGAUGAUAGGCUUAUAUUCUCUUCAGAGUCUGGGGAUGACAAUCCUUUGGAUUGUGUAGUUGAGAAGAUUACCAUCAUUCAAGCUUCUUCAUAUGUUGAUGGAUAUAAUUAUUAUUUUAAUAUGUCCUAUUCGGAAGAUUUCUGCACUUUUGAAAACCUUUCCACAGGAAUUCAAGCAGAUGUUGCUUCGUCAUCUUUGUCAUCUAGAUUUUCAAGCAUAGGUAGUUUGAAAGCGGAUCCCAACCAGCCUUCCACAUCAAGUGCUCCUGAGAACUCGGAAAUGACGCUUCUGGAUUUGUACGCUGGCUGUGGAGGGAUGUCUACAGGACUAUGUAUGGGGGCAAGUGCGUCUGGUGUCAAUCUUGUUACCAGAUGGGCAGUGGAUUUCAGCCCAGAAGCUUGCCAGAGUCUGCGCCACAACCACCCCGAAACGGAGGUUAGGCACACCACUGCUGGGGACUAUCUAGAAUUACUCAAAGCAUGGACAGAGCUUUGUGAAACUUACAUAUUGGAGACUGGUGAACCAGCUAAUGCUGAUGAAGAUGAAGAAGAUGAUGAAUUAGAGGCUGACUCCUGUGCAGCGGAUGAUGACGUUAUAUUUGAAGUUGAUAAGAUUGUUGGGAUCUGCUAUGGAGAUCCUAAAGAGAUCAAAGAGGGCAGUGCACUGUACUACAAGGUGAGCUGGAAAGGAUUUAGUUCUGAAAUGGACACAUGGGAGCCUGCAACUGGACUAGAGAAUUGCGAAGAGAGCAUCAAGGACUUUGUGAUAGACGGGUACACUCGGCAUAUACUGCCGCUACCUGGAACUGUCGAUGUGAUUUGCGGCGGCCCUCCCUGCCAAGGGAUUUCAGGCUUUAAUAGGUACCGGGAAAAAGAUGAGCCUUUGAAGGACAUUAAGAAUUUUCAACUUGAGGUGUUCAUGAAUAUUAUCAAGUUUCUCCAACCACGCUUCACAUUGAUGGAGAAUGUUGUUGACAUCAUGCGGUUUGAGAAAGCAUACCUUGGCCGGCUUGCGGUGGCUAGGCUUGUUGCAAUGCAGUACCAAGUCCGUCUUGGUUUUCUGGUAGCAGGAAAGUAUGGGCUUCCUCAGUUUCGAAUGAGGACAUUUAUAUGGGGUGCCCGUACUACUGAGAAACUACCUCAGUUUCCUUUACCCACCCACAAAGUUGUAUCUCGCGGCUUUUGUCCAAAGGAGUUUGAGAAAUGUAAUGUCAAGGUGGAUGAAGAUGAAGAAAAACUCUUGAAGGAUGCAUUACUGCUUGGUGACGCAAUAAGAGAUUUGCCUGAAAUUUCUACGCACGAAGAUAGAGAUGAAAUGGAAUACGGGGAGGAUCCUAUCACUAUCACCGACUUCGAGAGGAUGUUAAGACGGCCAAAGCACGCGUUGAUGGGGUCUGCUAUCCCUAAAUCUAAGGAAUCGCCGCCAAAGCUCUAUGAUCACCGUCCUUUGAAAUUGAGCAAGCAUGAUAACAUUAGAGUUUCCCAAAUCCCACAAAGAAAAGGGGCUAACUACAGGGAUCUUAAGGGGGUGGUGGUGGAUGCAAAUAACAUUGCACGCCGUCAUAAACGCAUUAAAAUCAUGCUCGCCCCUAGGAAGCCUCUGGUGCCCGAGUACGCUUUGAAAUAUGUUAGGGGAACGUCCAAAAAGCCAUUUGGGCGCUUGUGGUGGGACGAGAUUGUAUCUACUGUAGUGGGGAGAGCAGAGCCUCACAACCAGGUCAUUUUACAUCCCCAGCAAGACAGAACUCUGUCAAUUAGAGAAAAUGCCCGUUUGCAGGGCUUCCCAGAUUAUUAUCAGUUCUUCGGGAAAGUAAAACAGAGGUAUAUCCAGGUGGGCAAUGCAGUUGCAGUACCAGUCGGACGUGCACUCGGAUUCGCUCUCGCGAGGGCAGUUAACGAAAUUCCUGACGAUGGACCUGUUUUCGUGCUUCCACCUUCAUUCUCCAGUUAAAUUCUUGUUAAUGGAAACAAUUAUGUUUACUUUUGGAAACAGGGUU